AUGGCUCGAGCUACUACGUGGAGCUCUUUUCAAGCCGAGCUCACAGCAGUCACCACGACGGCCACCAUUCUCUAUUCGACAAAUGGCAUCGGGUUCAGUGCGAAUUAUUGGCUUUACGGAGCCGGGGAUACGGAUCAGCCGAUUCCCAACAAUUUUCUCCGAUCAAAAGACGAUUUCGUUGAUGGUGUGCGCGAUUUGAGAGCGAGUAGGGGAAACGAGACGAUUGUCGGAGCCACAAAUAAACUCAUGGAGUGGACAACAUCGGAUGCUCUCAUUGUGCUGUACACGGCCAGUCCCCAAGCCCUCGUCACGGCGGCCGGGAAGAACUACACUUUUCAGGGAAAAACGAUUGUUUUGCAUAUAAAUGAUGGGAUCGACGUGAGUUCCCUCUCCAACUACCCAAGUCCUUCAAUAUUCGACUAUGGGAUGCUGACCGGAUUGAUUCAAAGCACGUGCCUACUGUUGGAGGGUUCUUCGUCGACGACUUCUUCACAAUCAACAACAGAAGCUUUCUUUUCGACUACUCCAUCCCCCACUCCUCCCGAAUGCCAUGCCAUCUUUGUGAUCGACGGUUCCUCGCUUGUGGUCGAAAAGAACACGGUUAAAGUGUCUGCUUGGUUCGCGUACAACAACCCGGAGAUUCGCUUCACAGCCAACAUUUGGAUGUACGGUGCGGGGAAAAGGGACGAGGCCAUUCCAUCAACCUUUCUCCCGGGAGCUCAAGACGUUUACAAUGUCGUCGACCCGUUGGCCAGCUAUGAUGGGAAUGAGACUUUGAGGGGGGCGUGUUCCCGACUGAACGAUUGGCCUUUGCCGGACAAUGUGACGUUCGUUGUGCUAUUCACUGCCGGUAGCCAAGCCGAUGUCGAUUCUGCGAAAGCAGUGUUCUUGCUGAGAGCUUCGACCAUUGGAAUUCCACUUAUUGACGGUGUCGACCUUUCUGAAAUCGCCACCCAAACAGCUGAUUUCCACGACUAUGAUUCGAUUAACGAUGCCAUCGAUUAUAUGUGUUUAAAUGGAAUGCCUAAAGCA